AUGUCAUCAAACGACGUGGCAACAAACCAAAAUUCUGGAUCAGAUCAAAAAUCUGAUGCCAAUAAACAACAAGAUCAAGCCGGUUCGGGCACUGAUGAUCCAAAACAAAUCAAUGGUAAAAGCGUUGUCGCAACAAAAGUGUCUGGUACAGUCAAAUGGUUCAAUGUUAAAAGCGGUUAUGGAUUCAUUCAUCGGGAAGAUACUAAUGAAGACAUCUUCGUUCAUCAAACAGCUAUUGUUAAGAACAAUCCCCGAAAGUACUUACGUAGUGUUGGUGAUGAAGAAAAAGUCGAAUUCGACAUUGUACAAGGUGAAAAAGGUUAUGAAGCCGCAAAUGUAACUGGACCUAAUGGUGACAGUGUACAAGGUUCAAAAUAUGCAGCUGAUCGCCGACAAUAUAAUACACGUGGCAGCUUUCGAGGAGGUCGAGGAGGUGGUUUCGAUGGUGGUUAUAAUCAACCUUUUGGUCAACCAUUCGAAAACUAUGGUCCACCACCAAUGGUUGGACGUCCUUUUGGUCGACCACCACGAGGUUUCGGCGGUCCGAUGAUGCGAGGUCGUGGACGACCACCAAUGCGCGGCGGCUAUGGAUAUGAUGGCGAUUUUGCAGGACCCCGUGUUUUUCGCGGUCGAGGCGGCCCAAUGUUAGGUGGUCCGAUGGGUCCUAUGUCAGGUCCAAUGGGUCCACCAAUGGGUGGCUUCCGUGGUCGUGGUGGAUUUCGUGGUCGUGGUCGUGGCCGUGGUCGAUUUUUUCGAGGAGCUCGUCAAGGAAAUCGUAAUGAUUCACAAAACGAUAAUAAUGACAAUCAAGGCGGCGGUCAAGAUGGAGGUCAAUCAUCAGUCUAA